CCCAAAGAAAAAAAAAACUAAUGGCGAGAAGCAUUGAUUCGGAUUAUAUUGACUUCUCACAUAUGGGUGGAUUCGACAUGGGCAUCAAUUUUGAUGGAUUCAAGGAAAAUGUGAGAAAGUUCAUGGAGCUCCCGAUCAAGUAUCUAGAUUCAGCUCAUGAUAAGGCUGUUGAGUUCAUUGAAGAUGUCCAAGGCAAUAAUUUUUGCCCCCUUUACUGAUGAUGAGGUGUCAAAUGAGGAGGAGGAGCAAUCUAGUAGCAAUGUCAUCACUGGAUCUUUGGAAGCAUCUGUUGAGACGGUGCUAGUUGGACCAAAUACUGAAGCCUCUACUCCUGCAUCUCUCAUAACGGUGGAAAACAGAUCUACUGGCUGUGUGGAUACUGAUGCUCAUGGAACUGAAUCAUUUUCAAGUAAAAGUACAGGUUUGUCCUUGAGGAAUCAUAUGUACCCAGAAAAUACUUCUUCUGAAGGAGGUCACACUGAAGCAAAUGUUCAGCGUCUUCUGCCAAAGGCAGAGGACACCUCACCAAGUGGAAUAUGUGACAGCUCUGAGGAAGUCAUUCUAUGGAAUCCAGAGACUUCUGUAAAACCACGACCACGUGGACUUACCGCCAUACCCCAAGAUGAUCAUGCAACUCAUGCUCUGGAAACAGAUCAAGUGGCAGAGCAAGCCGGACACUGUUCUGGACAUCCAGGCAAACUCCUUACCUCGGCUUAUCCUUAUCCAUUAGAGUGAUAAAGGCGCAUCCUUAAUUUAUGUUACAUAUUACUCUGCUUUUCAUAUUCUUGGCAGAUUCUUCUGUUUUUAAUAGAGAACAUGCUGAAUAUUUGAUUUAAAAGAUAAAAAGUGUGCCCUACAAUGAUUUUGAUUGCUCCUGGGAAAGAGAACAAGUCAUUGAGCUCGCUUAUUGAACCCAUUGUCCACCAGCCAUCAAUAUAUGUUUAUCUAUUUUUACAUUUAUUUUCAUUGAAAAUUGAUGUACAUGUCCUGACAGAUUCCACUACCGUUACCCAAGAUGAUUAUGUACCACACAUAUUGCACAAGGAUCAACAAGCUGGGCUUGAUUGUUCUGUACAUUCUAAUUAUAACCUCACCUUAUUUUCUCCAUAAGAAUGAUAAAGGCACAUAUAAUUCAUUUUUUAUGUUACUUACUGUACCUUCAUAUACUGAAUUUCACAGAUAUUCUGGUAGAUUCUGCUGUUUUUUUUCAAGCACUGCUGCAAGAAGAUUCUAGUGCAAAUUAUGAAGAUGAAAGGGUAUCAUACAGUGCAAACGGCCCUGUGGAAGCAACCCAAGAUAAUUAUGUACCUCAAGCAUUGAACAAGGAGGAACAAACCGGACUUCACUGUUCUGGAC